AUGUCAUUAACACGCGAACAAGUCCUCUUUGCCGACCUGGCCAAGGCCAUGAAGAAGACCGUGGCCAGGCAAGCCAACGAAUCCGACUCCGACUCCGAGAUCCAACAGACGACCAAUCGCGGAAACAAGUUGAAGAAGAGGGCAAGAUUUGUUCGCCAGGGCAAACUGGGGCCGCCCACGGGGCCGGCAGUCUACAAGGAGGCACGUUCCAAUCUCAGAUACAAGCGUGCCGUAAUAAGUCGCAACCCGCCGCUCAUCGACGAAGACGGCUACAGCAUCGACAGCGACGACGACGACCAGCACGUCCAAGACGCAGUCGCCGCUGCGGCUGAGGCUGAUCCCUACUCUUCAAUUCAUCUUGAGCAGCUCCUCGCCCCCCUCACGGCAGUUACAGACCUGCCCGCCCAUCCCACACUCUCCCGACCUUUCAAAUCGACGGCCCUUAAGGAAUUGACGAACCAAGCGUGUGAUCUUAUGCACAAAGAAAAUGUUGCGCUGUGGAAAGUGCGGCCACUCUUGACGAGACUCAGCGGAGACCAUACCUGGGUGCCACCCGACAUGAUGUUAGGCACCGAUGACCAAGAAAUGUUCAGGAAUGGCUUUGAAUCGCGUACAAUGAAGCGCAAGAGAUCACAGGAAGAGGUAUUGGAAGGCAUCUCAAGUCCAAAUGUAAAUGGCAGCAGCACAGCUCGGCCUUCCGUGAACGGAGACCUCGAUGGAGCUGUUAAUGAGGAGGCUCAGGCGGAGGAGAAACAAGGUACAUCUAUCGAAGACGUGAUGAUGACGAACAGCGACGGCAACAAGGCGGACAAGCUCGGAACCAUCAAAGAUGGUCAUGAAGCAUCAGGCGCUGUCAGCGAGGAGCAAGGAGCAGACAAGGUCGUACCACACGCCACCAAUGGCGAUAAAGCGAACGAGCCUGGAUUGAACCCGACCAAUGGCAGUUCGGCGAAACAAAAAGGGAAGCAAUCUGGGACCAGACAAGAUACAGCAGAUGACGACGUCGCCAUGUUGGAUGGUAGCGCUGCGGCUGGUCUCGGUGCGCAAUCAAAUCAUAACGGCAGCCGAGCUGCGUCUCCUUCAGCGGCAUCCGUCGGCGAUCCUUUCAUCCAUCCGAUAUUUCUUGCGCCGAAGCCAGCUCAUCCCGACCGCGAUCUAGGGCUCCCAGAACAGGAGGCGGAGGACGUGCGCCGACUCCUCCAGCUGUACGUCCAGAAACAAGAAGAGGUAUGCCGCGGUACUGAAAAGCUGUAUCACGGCCUGCUCAAGGCGGACCGCAUGCGAAAGACUGUGUUGGAGUGGUCCAAGUCCGAGGCGCACGUCGGAGAAAUGUCCGACGGCGAGGACUGGUACGACAAAGAGGAGUGGGGCCUGACAGAGGACUUGAAGAAAGGCCAGGAUGAGGAAGAAGAGGACACGACGCAGACCCAGAAGAAGACUAGGAAUCGGAAAUAG